AUGGCCGAGGAGCCGCGGAGAGGCCCUCCCGUGGUGGAAAUCGUGUUGCCGACCUACAUCACAAAGCCUAGCGAGGACGAGAAGUUUUACCCGUCCGAGGUCAAGGCAGUGGCGGAGAAGGCUGUGCAGGUCGAGCUUCAGGACAAAGAAUACGACGGAGAGGAGGCCAAGGAGUGGAGUCUAAACAUUGCGGACACAAUCCGAGAAGGGGUCAAGACCCUCAACGUUCCACGGUACAAGAUAGUGGUGCAGGUGACGAUCGGGCAAAUGAAAGACCAAGGAGUGAGGGUGGCGUCACGCUGCUUGUGGGACACGGCGACAGAUAACUAUGCCUCAGUUCAGUUCAAGAACCAGAGCCUGUGGUGCUCGGCGAUGGUGUUUGGGGUGUACACCGAAUAG